UAUGUAUUUACGUCAUACGCACGUGUAACUGAAACGGGUGGAGGCCAAGUCUGCUUUUGCCUGGCAUUCAUUUUCAUUUCCUACAUUAGCGAACGUUUGUUUUCCGAAUUUCCGAAGUUUCCGGUGGUUGUUGAAUUACAGGCGGAAUCACUCCGGCGCACUGUCGCCUGGGAUAACCUGAAACAUGGUCCGCUUCAAGAACAGAUACAUUGUUUUCACGAUAAAGCCGCACAACGACGAGGAUGAGAAGCAAGCGGCAUGGAAGAAUACGUACGUGUCUGAUGCGAUUAAACAAAAGGUGCAACAAUUAUACGGCGAUGUGGGGGUUGCGUCAAUAAGGGACGGCUUUGACGCCAAAUAUUGCAACAUGCAAACCAAAAUAGCGAUAGUAAGGCUCAGGCAUGGGCCUCACAAAUUCGUAUUGCAUGCAAUUCCAUUAAUAAACAUUAUGGGCAAACGACGAGUCAAAACUAAGAUCCUGUAUGUGGGAGCAACUCUGAAACAUUGUUUUCUUUUUAUUAGAAAACACCAGGAAAAGAAGUUGGAACAAUUAUGGUCAAAAUUGCCAACAGAAGCUGAGAGGAAACAGAUGGAAACUCUUCUGAUGACUUUGACGCCCUCUAUGAGGGACCUCAAGUAAAAUUAUCCCGUUAGGAUAUCUUUGAGCCAUCGAGCCGCAAGGAUCGUUGCCACCUCUCGCCAGUUGUCGCUGCUAGAGUUCCCUCUCCCCUUUAUGCUCCCCCCAUCACCACGGCGAUAAUCCCGCCGUUAUCCUGUUUCCGCGCGGUCUGCCUGCGUCUGCCUACCGUGCGCUCCGUUCGGAUCAGUUCGUACCGUCUCGGACUAUUCGACGGCGAGACGACUCCGAGAAUUACUUCGUGAUCCGUCGUGAACUCCGGAAACUUGUACCUGCUAUCAGCGAUCGCCCACAAUCGACGAGGAAGGCAUCGUGAAGGAAGGAGAGAGUGCAAACUACGAAUGUUGACGCGCGGGAGGAUUGUCGUCCCCCGCGUUCACGUCGAACGGUUUUAACGAGCGGCAGGAUAACGAGGAGCUCCCCCGCUUGGUGUAUCGACCGCAUCUUCCGGGAUCUUGAUACUUGAUAUUCCCGCCCUCGAUACCGCGGACCGUCGUCCCCGCGUCUGAUAAACAACACACCCGGCGAACUCGAGGUAAGCGAUCCGUUUUGCUUUUUGUUUCCCCUCCUUAUCGAUCAUGGUUGUUUAAGACUCCGCUCCCUACGGUCUCUCGUGUUAUCGAAUCCACCCUCUCAUCGAGGUUACGACCUCACGGGUGGCGUACCGCCCCUGCAAAUUCGUCGUCGUCGUAGAUAGAAUCUCAUUUUGAUCGAGCGUUCUGACAAUGACGACGACGACGACGUUCUGCUGAAAGAGAAACCGAUGGCGAUCGGUCGCCUGCGUCGUUUUCCAAUGCGGAGAAACGUGGAGUUAUAUUUACAUGAUCCUUGACAUUCAAUCCAUUCAAUCCUUAACCGCAGACGUUACACAUCGAAAUAUCUGGAUCUAAAAAAAGAAUCCUUGAUAUUCUUUAAUUGCCAAUAUCAGAUAAACGUCUUGAAUCUCAAAGAUUUCAGUUUUCAAAUAUGAAACAAAAGGAAAAUAAACAAUUUUUUUUUUGCUUCAUACUUGCUACUAUGUUCUUGUAUUUUUGAAUACAAAACAGAAAGAAUUAGUAAAUAAGUGGCAGGAGAUAUCUGUAUCUGAAAAAGUAAUCCUUGAUAUUUGACCUUUAACCUAUUAUACACUAUAUACAUAAAGAGAUUCUGGGAAUUUAUAUUUUUAAAUGCAAAA